AAUACUACGCCAAGUCAGUGUAGUACCGCAGCCACUUCUCAGACAAAUAAUUUACGUUCCUAUUUUGCCAGGAAGGGCAAAAGAAAAGUAAUCGACAUCAGUAGUGGCGAAGAUGGUGAUGAUGGCUCAUCCUUUAGCGAUGAGGAGGCAUCAUCCUCAGAAAAAGAAGAAGAAGAGAAGAGAACGAGCACCAAGAGGGCAAAAUUGGGGCCUUCUAUAACCUCUGCCGCUACAAGCGGGCUAUCUCGUACACAGAAGAAUCGCUUUGGAUUUCAGAUCAAUCCGCAAUCGAAAGUAAGAGCAAACAACCAAGCAGCAGCAUUAUCAUCACAAACAUUGAACAGCACUGCUCAGUCAGGUACACUAAAUGUCCCUGUCACUGUAUCUUCGGAUUCGACUAACCACAUCAUUGCAGUUCCGACUCCAGCAAUCGCUGCAAAAUACUCAAAUCGAAAGGCCAAGCUCAACGCAGUCGCAAAGAUCGCCCAGAUUAGUCAACAAAGCCCUGAGUUCUUCGAACACACCAACACAGGCAAUGGGCAAGGCGGCCACAAAGCUACCAGUGUUGAGAAGAUGAGCAGUGGGCUACAGAGAAUCAGCAUUACCCCAGCUCCUCCCAGCAAAUAUGUUGGAGAGGAAGUAGAUGUGCUUGCAGACGAUUCAGAUGAUGAGAGCGUCAGGGCUCCUGGGCGGCGCCGAAUUGUCAAAACUACGAUAGAAAGAAAAGAGGAAGAUGGCAGAAACCCAUUUCCUUUGGAGUCAGACUCCAGUAAGCAUAAGUUUAUCAAUGGUGUAGUAUUUCCAACAGAUGAGCAGUGCAGUAGCACAAAGCCUCGCAUCAAGAGGAGAGAACACUGGCCUUGA